AUGAAGUUUUCCGUGGCAGUAGCAUUGGCUUUUCGCCUCUCCGCCGAAGCGCACUGCAUCUUCCAAAAAGUCUCCGUCAACGGUGCUGACCAAGGCUCUCUCGUGGGGCUGCGCGCACCGAGAGACAACAACCCGGUCUACGAUGUGACGGGCUCCGACAUCAUCUGCCAAAAGUCGGGUAGCACCUCCGACAAAGUCAUCACGAUAGCAGCUGGUGACAAGGUCGGGGCCUGGUUCCAGCACGUCAUCGGCGGCGCACAGUUCUCAGGCGACGCUGACAAUCCGAUCGCCAAGUCCCACAAGGGCCCCGUGACGGCAUGGCUCGCUAAGGUUGACAACGCGGCUACGGCGAGCAAGGAAGGUCUGAAAUGGUUCAAGAUCUGGGAAGACACGUUCAACACGGGGAGCAAGAAGUGGGGCGUUGACAACAUGAUCUCCAACAACGGCUGGGUUAACUUCAACAUGCCGACCUGCAUCGCGCCCGGCGAAUACCUUAUGCGUGUGGAGAUCCUGGCCCUGCAUUCGGCCAAGAACAGGAUGGGUGCCCAGUUCUACAUGAGCUGUGCGCAGAUCAAGGUCACCGGCAGUGGGAGCUUCAGCCCGAGCUCGACUGUUAGCUUCCCCGGUGCAUACAAGCAGGACGACCCGAGCAUCCUGAUCAACAUCUACGGUGCUCAGGGACAGCCCGACAACGGGGGCAAGGCAUACAACGCUCCUGGAAACGUUCCGGUCAUCCAGUGCUGA